UGAGCUAUGGGAGGCCACAGUAACUGCAACGCCAGCUCCUGAGCGGCCGGCUAAAAUAUUUUCCUGUUCCACAGGUCUCCAUGCUGGCCGGAUGCCGACUACGCGCCUUUUAGGAAGAAUACUGUAUCGUUGCCACUGGAGGACUGACAUAUCCAGAUGAUUCUUUUCUCAGUAGACUAUGGAUCACGAAACAUCGUGGGUUCAGAUGCUUUGGGCUGCAGGCUAUCACCCUAUAUAUAUUCUGGACUUCAAACCGUUUGGAUAUGUUUCAUUCUGAACACUGACAGUCCACAAAGUCUCAGAACAGUCUAGACAGCAGAUUUGAAUUCCUGAGGAGACUGAUACCUAAUCCAAUUCUCUUUCGCAGUAGACUGAGAGACAACUUUGACUUCUAGAGACAUCUGCUUUUUGUUUAUUUGUCAAUACAUUCAAGUGGAAGUUUACGUUUGAUCGUUCAAAACAGCGAGCUUCGUAGUGCUUAGAAGCAUUCACAGAGAUUCGUUAGGGCAGGUACAUCACAACUUGAAGAUCUACUACUUACUUCAUCAUGGGUUCAUUGAUGGCUGGAUGGCAAACAAACCGAUGUGAUGCUGAGGCAGCCUUGAAACGAACCACAUCGUCAAUGACGAAGGCGGAAGUUGAAAGAUUUUGGAGAUCAAAGCGCAACGCUAUCAAGCGACAUCUUCGUUUCAUCGAAGCACAACAAGAUGCUGAAGAGCUUGACCAAAGGAGCUCGAACAGCAGCGGGUCCUAUACUGACAGCACAAGUACACCUUCAACGCCAACAGCAAGCAGUCUACCUAAUGAUCUUAGUUCGAACACUGGAAGACAAGCCUGGUGGACUAGGAGCAGCUGGGCUUUUUUGAAUGAACCACCUGCACAGGAGAACAAGAAGAAUCGGUACACUCCCCAGUUUGAUGUGGUAGAAGAAUGUGGAAAUGCAAGACUAGUCCGGAGAAGGAACAGCAUGAGUACAGUGCUGUAAAAUUCUAACUUGAUAUCACCGAGAUCAUGGUUGUUGGAACCUCGAGGUGCUUUUAAUGUUAAGUGAACAAUCUCUGCGUUUGUUUUCAAUAAUAUCUGUGAAAGUAUAUAAUGUUAGCUCAUGAUUGUCCAUAAAGAUAGGUGAAGCAGCAAGGAUAUGAUACGUUGUACAACAGACAUUGGAAGGCGAUCAGAUGAUCAUACAAAUGCACACAGAUGAUCCAUCUGAUCAGACUUAAUUUCAGGACCAGUGAUAAUAUUGAACUGUCUCUAGAUACAAACCGCUGACUGGUGUGGAGGCUAGAAGCUUUAGAGUUGUAGACUGCAAAGUGAUCAUGAUGAUGCGAUUGGGUACAUGGUCACAAAGCAAAGUAGUCAUGUUAUUGGUAACAUACAUUUCUGCUCCAUCAUAGUUAGAAUGGAAGUGGAUUGUCAACAUCUGAUGCCAAGGCUUGUCCUAAUAUAGUGUCAACUCGGACUGAGCCAAACAUAUUUUUAUCUCCGAUGUAGUUUUCUUGUAAAGUGCUUAAAUAUAUAUCACCACUGGUGUUAUCGAAUCAC